CUUCUCGCUUUUGCCGUCAGGAGUUUGAAGGACUCUUCACUUACUCUUGCUCUGCCAAACAAGAGAAAUUCCGGUGUUGGAAAGACUGAGAAAGAUGGCGGACUUGGCAACUGAACCAUUUGGCACUGUGAACUGGAUAGUCUGUGUUAUCCUUCUUUUGGUAUCCAUUUUGGUGGGUCUCUUCUGCUCUCUCAGAGGAAGAGGUACCAAUGCAUUUGAAGAUUACCUCUUGGGAGGUCGUCAGAUGUCCACCCUUCCAGUUGCGUUGUCCCUCAUAGCCAGUACCAUCUCGGCGAUUUCCAUGUUAGGUCUUGCCUCCGAGAUGUAUUUCUAUGGAACCCAGUUUGCACUCAUCUUAGUUGGGUCAUUAUACGGCACGUUUUUCAUCCAGUUGUUAAUGGUUCCCAUCCUGUAUCCUCUGGACAUCAUAUCUAUCAAUGAGUACAUCACACUGAGGUUUGGAUCCCAAGGACUGAGGAAGCUGGCAUCGGUAACUGUCGUGAUUAAGAACAUGAUAUACAACGGGAUCUGUCUAUACGCUCCGUCCCUCACCCUGUCUACAGUGACAGGGCUCCCCAGUCACUACUCUAUCACCAUCAUGGGCCUCAUCUGUGCCUUCUAUAUUACCAUCGGUGGCGUCAAAGCCAUAGUGUACACAGAUGUCGUACAAUCUAUAUUGAUGUUUCUUGGGAUCAUAACGACUGUGGUUAUCUGUGUUCUGGAUUUAGGCGGGCUGAACAAUGUCUUCUCCACAGCAAGUGAAGGUGGAAGGAUGGAGUUUUUCAACAUUGACCCAAGUCCCUACGUGCGAUAUCCCCCACGUUCUCUGGGUCUGUCCCAGGGUCCAGGGCUUCUACAUUAUGAUUUCUUGGCUGGGAGUCACUCAGCUGAGCUACAUGAGGCUCUCGUCUGA